CUCGAGUGUGAUUGAAGCGAAGCUAACCUAAAAGUCCGACAUUGCACGUGUCGGCUCUUUGUUUGUGCGUUUUACAAUAAAAUUUACAAACAAUAGUAACAGUUGGUACCCGGGACUGACCUAAAUAUUGUGUUUAACUAGUACAGUGCGUAGUUACGACGGAAACAAGUUAUAAAACCAAAAUGACGGAGGUUUUGCAACCCGGCGCAGAAGUGUUUUCGGAGAAGAAAAAGAAGAAAAACAAGGAUGCUGUAUCCUUAGGCACAUUCCAGAAGAUUGGGGACUUUAAGAUCGAGCCUACGGAGAGCGUUACGAAGCUAGAUACAGCGUAUUGGCCGUUGUUAUUGAAGAAUUUCGAUCGUCUGAAUGUGCGCACUAACCACUACACGCCGCUACCAUUCGGCCACUCGCCACUAAAACGCCCGAUCGCGGAGUAUGUGAAGGCUGGCUUCAUCAAUGUCGACAAACCAAGCAACCCAAGCUCCCACGAGGUGGUUUCAUGGAUAAAACGCAUUCUAAAAGUGGAGAAGACUGGUCAUUCUGGCACGUUGGAUCCUAAGGUAACAGGUUGUCUGAUUGUGUGCAUUGAUCGCGCCACGAGGCUCGUGAAGUCGCAGCAGAACGCUGGUAAGGAGUACGUGGCAGUUUUCAGUCUCCAUUCAGCUGUUGAAAAUGUUCAGAAGGUCACCCAAGGUCUGGAGAAAUUGCGGGGAGCGCUCUUCCAGCGCCCGCCUCUCAUCUCAGCUGUCAAACGUCAGUUGCGUGUCCGUUCAGUCUAUGACAGCAAACUCCUCGACUUUGACAGUGAACGCAACAUCGGUGUGUUCUGGGUCAGUUGUGAAGCUGGUUCCUACAUCCGUACCAUGUGCGUUCACUUAGGAUUAAUGUUAGGAGUUGGUGGUCAGAUGAUUGAGCUCCGAAGAGUCCGUUCUGGCAUCCAGGGAGAACAAGAAGGCAUGGUUACCAUGCACGAUAUUUUGGACGCUCAGUGGGCAUAUGAAAACCAUAAGGACGAGUCUUACUUACGUAGAGUUAUUAAGCCUUUGGAAGGUUUGUUAGUUGCCCAUAAGAGGAUAUUCAUCAAAGAUAGUGCGGUGAACGCUGUUUGCUACGGUGCUAAGGUCCUUCUCCCUGGUAUCUUAAGAUACGAAGACGGUAUCGAGAUUGACCAAGAAAUAGUAAUAGUAACAACAAAAGGUGAAGCGGUGGCUCUAGCUAUUGCGUUAAUGACCACAUCAACGAUGGCAUCCUGCGAUCACGGCGUGGCAGCUAAGCUGAAGAGAGUGAUCAUGGAGCGAGAUACGUACCCAAGAAAAUGGGGCUUAGGACCUAAAGCGUCACACAAGAAGCAGCUCAUCUCACAAGGCAAACUGGAUAAAUUCGGCAAACCCAACGAGAACACGCCAGCGGAAUGGCUAAAUAGCUACGUAGAUUAUAAAGGAAAGAGUGCGAAUGGUGAUGCGGACUCGGAAGAGGUUGGUAGGAAGCGGACAGCCAGUACUGCUAAUGCAGAUGACCCUAACAACUCAGUAGAAGUCAAAUCUGAGAAGAAGAAGAAGAAAAAGAAGCGUGAUAGUGAAGCUGGUGAUGCUGUAGUGGAAGACGGUUCCGGCGACGCGACCAUGGAGGCCGAAACGACCGUAGAGGCCGAUUCAUCAUUACGCAAAGAGAAGAAAAAAAAGAAAAAGAAGGACCGAGACCAAGAGAGGGCGGACGAAUAAAUAAAAACUAAAAACUGUACCAUAAUUUAGUUUAUAAGUUGAGAAUUUAAUAUUAAGCAGAACUAGAUAGAAAUAAAACAAUUCUAUAUUCGCGAGCGAAUGUAUUGACGGCGUUUCGCGCGCUUUUGUCGUUUGUUUUUAUCUGUUUCUAUGGUUACGAAAGUUUCUUUUUUUUUAAGAUUGGACUAUGCUAUGAGUAAAUGUAUUUUGAGGAAGAUGCAAUUGUAUAUUCAUAUAAUAUCAGUCUUGCUAUGUAAUAGUCCAAUUGCCGAAUAGAUAAGCUAUAUUACUGAUAUGAGAACCUAACGUUUUAAGUUUAACUGUACUUUGUAGAUGCCAGUGAACCAUUUUUAUACACAUCUUGUUAUAUUUGUGUCUCGAUGUCUUAGCAAUAUGUAGUCAAUUUUAUUUAGCUCACAAAUGUCUGUUUUCCACAUAUCUUGUGGUUAUUUCCAAUGUUAUUAUGCCGAGAAAUUAUAACAUGAACUUUAUGACCUAAGCUGCCUUUUUAUAGAUAAAAUACUUUUUAAUCAAAACCUCCUUACUAACGAAAUAGGUUUCGCUAGAUUUAGUCUGUGGUUUUCGAAUAAAUGGAAUUUUGGUGUAUUUUUAUAUAUUUC